AUGACAAACUGAUUUUAUAGUGUAAGCGUGGCCAAGCCAAUUUAUAACUAACUACAUUCACGAGCUGACUCAUUAAAGAACCAUUUGGUUAUUAUAACUCCCACACUCUAUCGACCUGUUUGCCAAGAAGAUUAAUGGGUUGAGGGAUAGAAUUAGAAACAAAAAUAUCACAUCAGCGAAGCAAACAGAGCUGUUGAAAUAAUCAAAUCUUCAUGCAGCUUUUUAUUCGUAUGUGAUUAUCGUUUGCACACCGACUAACAGCAACCAUGAAACAUUUUUUUUUCUAUAAGGAUCGUCUAUAGUCGGGAAAUAUCAAAUUAACCCGACGUCGAGGUCGACCUACAGUGUAUUGUCAAGCGGGCACUGGGCCGUGUUGGGCCUAUUGUGAAUGUUAUUGGGGCAAAGCGAGCUAAGUCAGGAUUUUGAAUGGUUUUUCGUGGUUUUCUGCAGAAUAAAGUACUAGUACUAUAAAGCUUCUGCCCACACAAAAAUGUGGGUUCUGUCACUGCUAGACUUGAAUAAUCAUGAAACACUAUAUUCGUUGAUACACCUAUGCAUAGAGAACAGUUGAACUUACUUCAUGGAGGUGAUUUGACAGUCUUUUAACACCCCCUGUACAUAAUGGAUAGUCGAAAAUGUACACUAAAUCGCGGCAUUCGUCUUCGAUAACAAGGGAUCCGUAGAAGGCUGAACAAGCAUCGCUGAAUUCUAACAGUUGUUAACCAUUUGAUGGUGUAAUCAUAGUGUUCAGAGAUGCCUCCUGGUAAGGCCAUCGACCCGUCAUUAUUGGGGUCCCAUCCCCCGCAGACCGAGCGCGUCCAACUCGUAAAUGAGGGCGAGCAACGAUCACGUCUUCUCACGGCCUAUACAUACACCGUAGAACAACUACUAGAAGAGCAGGAGCUACAAGACGAAAGGCGCGAAAAAAGAGGUUCAAGGGAAAAGAAUGACGACGAAAAUGUCAAUAAGUACAGCUCAAACGAUAACGAGGACGGUCAUGACGGUGGGUGCAGACGUUACCUUACAAAAUGUAUACAAAAGUGCAAUGAAACAUUGGCGCCUUACAAGCUGCUGUACAUCUUCAUCCGCGGGGGUGAGGCUUGCCUGACGAUGUACGUAUCUGUAUACGCCCUUCAAGUUGGGGUUAACCCUCUCCAGUUAGCGUUCAUCUACGCUCUACCCCGUUUCAUCUCGAGUCUGUCAACCCCACUAUGUGGCUACAUCGCCGACAAGUUCCGCUGUCGGAAGGAAAUGCUCCUCUUUGCCCUCUGUCUCUGGGUGUUAUUCUCCCUCGCCGUCAACUUCGUCCCUGCUCCUCAACUCACCGGCUGCAACCUUGCAAGGAAUCAAUUCCAGGACACGAUCGCGAGGUUGAACAUCAGUGAAACAACGCACCAGUUCCCUGUUAUGAUGUCGGUGUCGAUAUCGUCCUCGACAGCGGACAAGGUACAAUCCCAACUGGCGACGGGUUUGGUGCGGAACUACGGAGAUCGCAAUGCAGCGUGUAUGAUCCACGAUAAUGUAACGGCUAUCACCGGCAAACCUUCUUGGUUGAGCAUCCUCCACAUAGUUAGCACACCGUGGACAGAAAAAACAGAAAAGUGUUACCCAGGGGGUAGGUUCUGGGGUGCUAACCAUGUCCCAGGAGGAGUGGAUGUAGAUGGGCCGAGUUCAACGUACGCCGGUUGGAUAUAUCAACGGGAUAGCCUGACGUCAUCAUUUUUCGCCAUCUUCGCCUUGAUCACUGUAGCUCACGUGAUGCAAGGCCCUACCUUAUCGCUGACUGACACAUCAACCCUACAUACAUUGGGACCCACAAAGAGUCAUGAAUACGGAUGGCAAGUGGCGUUUGGGAAAGCAUCCUUCGCCAUCUACAUGAUUGUGAUAACCAUUAUCAUCGACAUGGCAUCCGCAUCGUGGUGGAGAUGCGGGGUCGAAAUUCAUGUUGAAGACUACCGAAUUGCUUUAGCCAUCUUCUUUGGAACAACAAGCUGCGCAAUAGCUCUCCUCUUCGCCUACUGCAUAAAUAUGAAGUUUGAGAACCCUAACGAGUCAAACAUUACUGACCUCAAGAAGAUCUUCUGUCGUUUGAAUAACGUGAUUCUUCUUCCUACCAUGUGCUUCCUCGCAGCGAAUGAGGGCGCCAUAUCAGUCUUCCUUCCUUUUCAUCUAAUAAAUCUCGGGGCUCCCAGUUUUCUAGUUAAGUCUUCCCGCAUUGUGACAGGUAUAUCGGAACUCUUCCUGGCCUUUCAUCUCGGCCAGUUAAUCAAGACUAGAGGUCACAUAGUACUCCUCUCGUGCGGAGCUAUAGGAUACCUUCUCUGUUUCCUUGGUUACGCCCUCAUUACGUCACCAUUCGGCAUCAUGCCUGUACAGAUUGUACAUGGAAUGUCCCACGCUUUGACCUGGAAUGUUAUAGUGGCCCGGUUUAGUGGGGAUGUGAACCCCGAAAACUUAGCGACCCUCCAGGGAUGUUUAUGGGGCCUUUAUCUGAGCGGACUCGGGAUUGGCGCCGUGGUAGCGGGUAUCGGAGUGUCGUACAUCGGUUCCCCAGUAACUUUCUUUUGUUUUGCCUUCGCUUGCCUCUUUAUCGGUAUACUCCUGGGAGUCGGGGCUAUGAGUACAAAUGAGAGACCAACUCGGACACGAAAUGUAAGGUAUAAAUCAUUGCCCGCAUCGUCUGAUUCAGAUGAAGAUGGAUGAUAAAGAAGAAUUAAUUAAAAACGACGUACUAGCAAACUUUCACCCAAUGUCGGCUACGAUCUGCGCGGAUGGACACGCGAUACGAAGGGAACACGCACACAUAAAAAGCAUUCGAGGUUCUGGGGAGAUUUCACGAGAGGGCCCGUCCACGAUUACCAUAGUAACAGUCAGGAACAUGUGUUUCUCAGCCAAUUAAAACCCAUGAAAAUUGCCAGACCAGACAACUUGUCAUUUUGACAUGUUGAAGAAACGCCCCCUCCCGUUUCACUCGAUCUUCUUAUCAUACUGGAGAGAAAACAUGUACCUCUGAACUUUUAGUAGUUGCUGCGUUUAAGUCGCAGUGAAUAGAGCAUUUUUAGCAAUCAUUUCGCAGACGCUUUCUAUGACACAGACAGUUGGUCUUUUUUUCAAAAGCCCUUCAUAACAAAGCAGACAUUGUCGAAAAUCAGUGAAUGAAAACAAAAGUUUAGUCCUGGACUCUGGUCGAACGACAUUAUUUGCAAUCUUUUGUCCGGUCCGAAUGUCCCGGCCCACCAGCUUUCGACAAUGACCUCUAAUCUCCAUUGUGAUUUAACGGUUAUUUUCAAUAGAUUCUCAAGGUUGCAGAAAGUGUCUGCGAAGUGGAUGCCAAAAUACGUUAAGAACACAUCGAUCUGACUUCGACCAAAAAAACACUAUUGAAAUUGGGGCGAUUCAACGGAUUUGCGCGUUUUGUUUUGGGUUCUAACGAGAACUUGGUAAUGUGAUGUUGGGAAUUUGUCGGAUACACUAAUUUACUUCUAAUUAUCAUAAUGAUGAGGGAAACAAUAAUGAAUACAUAGAUAGGUUGUUAAUAUUCAAAGGGGUCUACGAGCAUUUGUAUUUUUAAAAAAAAAUGUAUGGUUUUAUCAUUCAAAUAUAUUAUGAAUAUUUAUUGUCUUUCAAAAA